UGUCACACGCUUCUCCAACACGCCCUCAACACGAGAGGAUACGGUCGAGAACCAGGGCCCUCAAGGGACAGCACAGCAUGUCAAAGGCCCUCAAUGUUAUCAAUCGGAAAUGCGACGCCGUACAACUCCUACUUGUAGUAUUGGUGAAUGAGACGAUCUAGGACCCUAGCAUGUUCAAAAUGCAGAUCGCGAAUGGGACAUACAACAACCUGCGUUCAGCCCUCUUCCAUCUCGCUAUCGAGUACAGCUCAUCAAGAUGACUCGCUCUCACAAGUUCAACGACAAGGACCAUGCCGGCCUGGCCGACGGCACCGCUGUUCCGCAUGAACCGCUGCCGAAAUACUUUGCCAAGCAUGGAUUUCCCGAUGCCGACCCCAAAAAGACGAAGAAGAACGGCGCUGGUCGAGCCAACUGGGGCAAUGCCGGCGACGAAGUUCUAGAUGAAGAUUUCAACUUUCACAACGCACGCCGUCGGUCCAAUAGCAGCAGUCUGUCGAGCAACCUUGACAACUUCAAGACCAAGUUUGAGGUCAAUGAGCCUGAGCCCGUGUUCGAAGAGCACAUGGGUGCCGAGGAAGAGGAGAACAAGACCGUGAGCCCGUCAAGCGCCUCGAGCGUUGAUGACAACAAGUCGCACUAAGAAGUGUAAGAUGUAAGAGAUGACGGGGGAUUUCUCGGUGUGUGAGGAAGUCACCUGCGAACAUGACAUGCGGGAAUCCAUCUUUAUGGCGGAGGGCGUCUCUGGCUGAAUGAUCUAGCAAGGGAAAUGCCUUCUAUUUGACUUUCCCACACGAUAGGUACGCUCAUGCUUCGACAUAAAUUUGCGAUGCUACUGGUAGCGUA